AUGGAAGAAACCCUAAAAAAGGCAUGUAAAUGUAAGAAGACGGUAGUUGUAUGUGGCGAUUUUAAUGUUGAUAUCUUAGAAAACUCCCAGAAUGCGUUAAGGUUCCUCAAUCUUUUUAAAUCUUUUAACUUGCAAAAUCUUUUUUGUGAACCAACUCGCACCACAUCCACAACAGCUACCUGCUUGGAUAAUAUUUUUACUGACAGCGAUGUAAACGACAAAUCUAUAAUAAAGUUCAUAAAAUCAGAUCAUGUAGGUCAGUUAGCUAGAUUUGAGCACCAACAUGUUCCAUUGCCUAAAAAUAUUGUAUGUAGACCAAUCACAACAUAUCGUUUAGAAAAAUUUAAAGAAAAUAUUAACAAUAAGGUACCUCUUUUGGAGCCAAAUACUGCUGAUAACCCGAAUGAUCUAUACGGAGAUUUGUUCGGAGUAAUCAAAUACGAAUUUAAUAACAUUUUCACAAAAAAAACAAUUAAUACUAAUCAACUCAAAAUUAAAUUUAGUGAUUGGGCUACACCUGGAAUUUAUAAGAGUAGAAAGAAAUUGUACGAAUUAUACGAGACAAAGGCAUGUACAAAUGAUCCACAAAUCAUUGAACAUACUAAAAAGUACUCAAAAAUGUUUAAGAAAGUCUGUUCAAUGGCCAAAUCUAAUUAUAUCCGGGCCAAAAUACAAAAAUCUGAUAACAAAAUUAAGGCAACAUGGAAUGUUAUCAACAAAGAAACCUGUAAAACAAGGUCACGUGAUCGAUCCUUCGAAUUAGAAAUAGAUGAUAAACACAUCAAUACUGAUGCUGAAGUGGCCAUUGCAUUUGAAUCUUUUUUCACAAAUGCUCCAAUUACCACUACUAGUAAACUAAAAUCUUCAAAAACCGAAGCUGCUUCUCUUCUUGAAUCUUGCGUUGAUAAAUGUAGUGUUAACUUUGAUUUUCAGUAUAUUGACACCGCAACCGUACUUAAAACUUUUAAGCAACUAAAUAUAAAAAAGACUGAGGAUCUUUGGGGCAUUUCAACCAAUAUAAUAAAAUCAGUAAUGCCCGCUAUUGCCCCUUAUCUUGCAUUCAUAUUUAACCAAUGUAUCGAUGAUAAACAGUUUCCCACACUCAUGAAGUACAGUAAAAUCAUUCCAUUAUUCAAAGCAGGGGACAAAAGUGAUCCAUCAAAUUUUCGGCCCAUCUCUAUACUCCCAGCACUCAGCAAAAUUUUUGAAAAAAUUAUAUUUAAUCAACUGCUUUCACAUUUCACUUAUAAUAAGUUACUUCAUGAGAAACAGUUCGGUUUCACUAAAGGCAGAAACACGACGGAUGCAGGAGUUGAACUCGUUAAACAUAUAUUUGAUGCAUGGGACAAGAAGCGGGAUGCCAUCGGUAUUUUUUGUGAUCUAUCAAAAGCUUUUGAUUGUGUUGAUCAUGAGACUUUGUUAUUAAAAUUAGGUUAUUACGGUGUUUCUAACAGCUCACUUAGCUUACUUAAAUCUUACCUCACUGGUAGAGUACAAAAAGUCAAUAUUAAUGACACUAACUCAUCUGGCGCCCCAUUAGUCAUGGGAGUACCCCAGGGCUCGAUAUUAGGACCCCUUUUAUUCUUGAUAUAUGUAAAUGAUCUUCCUCACUUCACUAAAAAUCUUUGUGAAAUAGUGUUAUUUGCUGAUGACACAUCAUUAAUUUUUAAAACUGAUAGACAUAAAGAAUUACUUGACGAUGUGAAUAACACCCUUUCUAAAAAAGUGCAUUGGUUCACAAGUAACAACUUGCUGCUCAAUGCGAAGAAAACGAAAUGUGUAAAUUUUACUAUGCCUAAUGUAAGACAGAUAGAUACUCAUAUUACAAUGAACGAUGAAUCUGUUCAAAUAGUCGAUACCACAGUUUUUCUUGGAAUGACUCUAGAUAGUAAACUGCAAUGGGGUUCUCAUAUCUCAGCCUUGGCAGGAAGACUUAGCUCAGCUGCCUAUGCGGUUAGAAAAAUAAGGUCACUGACUGAUGAGAAAACGGCACGAUUAGUUUAUUUUAGCUACUUUCAUAGCGUUAUGUCGUAUGGUCUGAUGCUGUGGGGAUCAGCUGCCGAUAUUGAGACUAUUUUCAUAUUACAGAAACGAGCGAUACGAGCUAUAUAUAGCCUCAGACCCCGCGACUCACUGAGAGAACUAUUUAAAGAAAUUAAUAUUUUAACAGUUGCUUGCCAAUACAUUUACGAUAAUGUCUUAUAUGUACGCAAGAACCUAGAUCUCUUCAAAAAAAACUCUGACGUACACAAUUAUAAUACGAGAAAUAAAAAUAAACUUGUAGUGCCAAAACUCAGACUUCAUAAGGUUGGUAAUUCGUUUGUAGGUAACAGUAUAAAAAUGUUUAAUAAAAUUCCUCAGGACCUGGUUGACAUGCCACUAAAUAAGUUUAAAAUAGAAGUAAAAAAGUGUUUAAUGAAAAAAGGAUAUUAUAAAGUAGACGAAUACCUCAAAGAUAAAAAUCCAUGGUCUUCCUAA